UAAAAGACAAAUGAAGGUGUUUGAGACACCUCCUGAGGGAUCAAGACUAGUUGUCGUCGCUACUAAUGUGGCUGAGACGUCCUUAACUAUUCCCGGGAUACGAUAUGUCGUGGAUUGUGGUCGAGCAAAGGAGAUUAGACCAUAUAUUCAGAGACAAUACGACAUAUCGAGCGGGAUUCAAUCAUUCCAGGUCAAUUGGAUCUCAAAGGCGUCGGCAGCUCAGAGAACAGGCAGAGCAGGUCGCACAGGACCUGGCCAUUGUUACCGACUAUAUUCUUCUUCACUCUAUGAACACUACUUCGAACAAUAUGCAUCUCCAGAAAUAUUAAGGACGCCGAUUGAAGGAACCGUAUUACAGAUGAAGAGUAUGCAUAUUGAUACCAUAGUCAAUUUUCCAUUCCCUACACCUCCGGAUAGAUUUUCUCUCAAGAAAGCGGAGAAGUUACUCUCUUAUCUAGGCGCUAUAGAGCCGAAUCUAAAGGCCAAUGGACACGCUAAUGGACAUAUAACAUCACUAGGUCGCACUAUGGCCAUGUUUCCUGUUCAUCCAAGAUUCGGUAAAAUUUUGGUCAAUGGCGCGCAACACGGAUGCCUGCCCUACGUUAUCUCUAUUGUCGCGGGUCUCUCAGUUGGAGACCCAUUUGUUCGGGAGGAACAGCUCAGAGAAGACGAAGAUUCUCAGGAGGAACCGAUAGGUGAAGAGGGUGCUCUAUAUAGUGCUCACUUACAGGACGAUGAACUCAAGGAACGCGAGAAACGCAGGGUCAUGCGUAAGGGGUUCUUUGAAAUUCAAGCUCAGCACGCCUCUCUGGGUAAUGGACAAAGUGACCUAUUCAAGCUCUUGUCGGUUAUAGGCGCAUAUGAAUUUGCAGGAGGGACUACAGAAUUUUGUCGGAAACAUUUCGUUCGCGAUAAAGCUAUGGAAGAGAUACAUAAAUUACGGGCUCAAAUCUCAUCCAUAGUCUCUUCUGUUCUGUCUAAUCAAGAUGCUGGAUUUAACCCUCGUCAAGCUCCUCCAAGUCCACUACAGCUAAAAGUACUUAGACAACUGAUUACAGCAGGCUUUAUCGAUCAAAUUGCAGCUCGCAAGGAUGUGGUGGAGAAAGGCUUUUCUACAGGUACGAAAAUGGCCUCUGCUCGUGGUGUAGAGUACCGUGCUGUUGGCAUUGAGGAGGACGUGUUCAUUCACCCAUCAUCU